AGGCCAAUUCUUUCACAGGGUUUCCAUUCCUGUGCGGUAUUCUUUGCCAUAUAACAACAGUCUAUGAAUUGGGACUUUUCGCACGUAAGCUAUUGUCGUUCUUUUUGUUUUUUUUUUAUUGCCGUCCUGUUUAGUUUUUCUAUUGUCGUCCUUUUCAUUAUUUUAUUUACAUCGGUUUUUCUAGUACCUUGCGGAGGAGUUUGGAGGCUUUGAUUAUUCUGACAAAUUCAAAAGCAAAAUUGUUAGAUUAAAUAAAAUAAAAUAAAAUUUUUUCAAUACAAUUUUAUAUAUCAUAGAAGAGAAAUUAUAAUUUCCAAGAUGGCGGGACAAUUGACAAAACUCCGUGGUAGAGUAGCUAAGACCAAUCUUAAGGGGCUACAUCGAUCUCGUAGUUGCACUAACUUACGUGGUUCUGAACUCACUAAAUAUUCCAAGCGUCGUUCCCAUAGUGUCGGUGCAGGCCAUGAAAUUGAUGCGGAAGAAAUGCAGAAGAAUGAAGCGCUCUUCGCUCUCCUAUUUAUUGCGUAUUCGAUUUGUGAUUUCUUACAUUUUGAGAUUCACAUGCCAUACGCACUCGAUUUUAUGCUUAUUUGGUUGGUUUAUGCAGUCGCCUACUGUGUGUCAAUUGCUUUGUUAGAUGUUUGAAGACAAUUUCCCUGCAGUUUAAAAUUCCUUCGUUAAAGACUUGAUAAAU